UGGACCAGCCCCUCUCGUCCCUGAUUGGUCGCCUCUCUCUCCACGCCUGCUUUAUUAUAGCCCUGCGAUGCACUUUGGUCACAUAAACAUGAGGAUACCGUCACCUAAGGGCGCCUCGCACUAACUUUGUGUAACUCUUUCCACUGUACCCACGAGAGUCAGCUAGUUCACCUCUCCCGUGCCGGUCGGACCUGUAUGGCCCCAUCGAUCGCCAUGUCAGCUUUGACCGCUGGUUUGAAAACAGAAGAUCUUCCUACCCGCUCGGUCCUCGUCGGCAGAGGCGAUAUGCAGACCAGUCUGAGCCCCUCAGAGGAGACUGGGAAGCCCAAAGUUGCUAUUUUGCCCUUCAGCGUCGAGGCACUGAUGGCUGAUAGGAAACCCAGCAGAGAGGUGUCAUCCCCGGAUGCCACGUCCGUGCCCGGCACGUCCCAGGCUCUGGGGAAGGGCGCAAGGAUGAGUGCUUUCGGUAGUCUGGAUACAUCAGUUCCUGGUUUAGCCAUGAGCUCCUCGUUUUCAGUGGGCGACAUCAUGAACAUGCCAGAAGACGUGUUGAUCAAACCCGAGAGUCCGGACAGUAAAGAGAGGACUUCAUGGAUACAGAGUCCUCGUUUUUCUCCCACACCUCCAAGAAGGUUGAGUCCUCCUGCCUGCCCGCUGCGAAAACACAAGACGAACAGAAAGCCCCGGACCCCUUUCACGACAUCCCAGCUGCUUGCCUUGGAGAGGAAGUUCCGCCAGAAACAGUACCUUUCCAUCGCCGAGCGCGCAGAGUUCUCCAGCUCCUUAAACUUGACGGAAACCCAGGUCAAAAUCUGGUUUCAGAACAGGAGAGCCAAAGCCAAGCGGCUCCAGGAGGCAGAACUCGAAAAACUGAAAAUGGCAGCUAAGCCUAUGCUGCCUCCUGCUUUCGGGAUUUCCUUUCCUCUGGGUGCGCACGUCCCCGCGUCCUACGCAGGGUCUCACCCUUUCCAGAGGCACUCGCUGCCGGUUUCCCCCGUGGGACUGUACGCCGCUCACGUCGGAUACAGUAUGUACCACCUCGCUUGACAGGGACAGAGAACGAGGGGCACGCACACAGUGGGACACCAAGAGGUUUUAGACUAUUUUCUAAGGGCCUCGAGCGAGAGAGGGGGCCCUCCGGACGGGCGAGGUGACACUGUACUAAAUAAAGAGACAUCCAGGCUGUGAGCUCAGUGUCACAUCUAGUCGGAGGGGGGGGGGGGACGAGACCUCCAAACAGACCCCCUUCUGAGGACCUUGACGUUAAUCCACUUCUCUUGACCUCGCCAGUAAGUUCACUCACUGCGAAAAUAUUCCAACUUUAUUAGUCAUUUAAUCUUGAGUCUUGAAUCUGUUUUGUCAAUAAUAAUAACAACAAAAAAGAACGUGUUGAUACUAAAAGAAAAACUUAAUCCAGAAAAAUAAUCUGAGUGUGAGACUAAAUGACUUUAAGAUGGACAUUUUUUGCGGUGCAGAGGUGGAGAACAAUUUAGUGCCUGUAGACCUUUGAUCUUUGACGACUGGACAGUCAAGUAUGGACACUGGGCUGUGCCACAGUGUCACAGAGGGCCCACUCCGCUACCUUCACGGCUGCUUACAGACACAGGUAAAACGGCUAUCACAGCAGCUCCUGGGUAAAUCACAGACUAUUGCGCAUCUCGACAUUAUGCACCAACAAACUUAGGUUGGGCUUCCAAUCGCAUCUGACAACAAAACAAAACACAAAAAAAACAAACAAAAAACAACCCCAUCAUUUUUCUUUUUUUCUUUUUUUUUUGCAUUCAUAUCAAUGCGUAACAAUAGCGGGUUACUGAAUCCAGUGUCAAUAAAUGCUCUUUGUGACUUUGGAGAACCACAGCAUUUGUUUUUAUAACAGCACUGUCUGUUGUUGGAUUGAUUCCCUUCGGAAGGGAUAUGUGUACUGUAAAAUAAUGUAUAUUUGAAAAAUAUCCUCAUUUAUAUUAUGAAUAUAUUUGUGACAUAACUUAACAAUAAAUUGUUUAUUCUUUUUCAUUAA